GAUGUUGUUUUGAGGCAUUUGUGUCAAUUUUAAUAGGAUGCACUUCCGACCUCUUUGCAGAGACAUCCUGUAAGACGCAGACAGAUGAAUUCUGAGAGGCCGUAGUCAUGGUGAGAGCAGCCAGCUCAGAAGAGGAUCCUUACUUUUUGAUCAGCGGCUGCGGCACGCCUAAAGGCCAGGCGGCAGGACCUGAAAAACCAGGUGCAUGAGAAUAUUACUCUGACCGAGGAGCAGCUCCAGUGAGCAAGCGUGGAGCACCCUCCUCCUUCUCACUAACUCACUCCCUCUCCUCCUCUCUCGCCACAUAAACACUCUGAUUCCCACAGAAACCACACACACAGAGGCAUUUCGGCUUGUUUUUUAAAAUUCUGUGGUGCUUUGUGUGUCACUUUAGUAGCAUCUGGGACUUAUUUUCGUCUCGGAGCAGCUCACCUCCACUCCUUUACUCCCUCCUGUCUCCCUCCCCAGACUCGGCGUGACCGUCAAGCCCUCCACCGGUGGACUAUGCCCCCCUCGGUCAGCUGAGGGAGGGGGCUGAACACUGGUUGGAGAAUACUUGGGCUGAGAUUAAAGAGGAGACGGUUUGGUUUUUACUGAAGAUGCAAGCUUCAACUGCCUCACCUGUGACCAACACUACAGCAACUUCGAACACAACCGCCGUCACAAAGACCAGAGAACAAAUACUCAUCCAGAGUUCUGGCGCUAUGAUCGCUGUCAUCGUCAUAGGCAUCAUCAUCAUUCUCGCCAUUCUACUGAUCAUACUGAAGACAUACAACAGGCGAACACAUGCGUCCAGAGUCCUGGGAGCCAGGGGGGGCUCCAAACCUCGUCCUAAGUUAUCACAAUCCACCGUUCAGAGCAACAUGCCGCUGAGCACCACUGGAAUCAACUCGGUGUCGGGCAGCAUCACCAACUCAAACCCGGCCUUGGAGAACGGCUUCCAUCUGCCCAGAGCAGAGCUCAGCAGCGUGGAGGAAAAUCACUUAGAGCAGUUCAGCACCACCAGCGGCUCCACAGUGGUCACCAUACACGAUAAUCCGUCGUUCGGAAACACGUAACAUCAAGACUGUGGUUUGGUCUCCAAACAAGCAUUGACUAAUGUGUUGUCCCUGACCACAUACUGUGCUGACUGAAUCCUGUGGAAAAUCAAUGCAUGACGUUUGUGUUGUCACUGUCAGUCUCCACCAACUGAGCCACUGCUGGUGACUAUGUGGAUAACAAGAUGUCCCUUUGCUGUACAAAACAUAGAACAAGGAAACGUUCACAGUGGAUGCCAUGAAGGAAUCGCAAAACUGAAGCUUUCUUUUGAAGAAUUGCUUGUUGGCUAAAGUCAGUGUUCAGAGAUUGAAUGUCACAAAUGUCUGUACUGCUUGCUAAUGUUGCUUCACUACUAACAAUGAAGAAAUGUGUAGUGAAGGAUGUAAUGGCUGGACAAUGUUGGUCUUAACUGUGUACAUUUCUGUAUUUAAGAAAAACUUACAAGUUUGUGAGUAAAUGUAGGAAAAACCUUAGAGAGGACAAAGGCAGUAUGAAAAAAUAUAAAUCAGUUUGUUGUGGAAACCAAUGUAACUGAGAAAAUGUUAUUAUUGCAGAUUUAUUUUGACCAGUUAUAUUCCUUACUUAAUCUGAUUUGAGUUGCAUGAUUGUCUUUGUUUUUCUGCUCAAAGAUUCACUUAGACUAGUUAUUAGAAAUCUAUAAAAUAUCAGUGUCUUUUUUUUUUUUACCACAUGAUGAGACAAUGGAGACAUUUUGUGAAACAUCUGUCAGCCUAACUUGCUGAUGUGAAUCCUUUUUAAUUUGACACCAAAGUAUUUUGCACUUUAUUUCCGUUGCUCCCUGUAUUUGUAUUGUUUGUGGGUCUUUAUUAAAUUAAGUGACAUGUUAAUAAAAAUGCAAUAUUUCGA